CCGCUCGUAAAGACGUGCGCGCCGUAAGUACACCGCUCUAUGCAUAGGCCCCUCUUUCAUUUCUGGCAGCGUUGCGGAAGCAUGGCGAUUCCCUUUUAACUAUUCACCGUCGUAGCGCGUAAUUGAUAUUUGAUCGAUCUUUCGGACCGGAACCCAAGUUUUAUAAACAGUUUAACGGGAAAGCUUGAGCUUACGACUGCGAAGGUGAGGAAGAACGACUCAUCGGCCUUGCGAAAGAAAGUUCAACGUGGUGGUCUGCUGAGAGCGAACGAACGUCACCGAAAUAGAACCGGCGACAUUAUCCUGAAAGCCACUGAUAUUACUGUUAUAUAGCCGCGCCUUCAUAAUCUCUGACGUUGGCCAGUCAGCAAGAUUGUCUGUUGACGUCCGCGUCGGACCGAAGAAGGAAGAACGCGUUGCUGUGAGAAAUACCCGUUAUUCAGGGGCAGGCUCUUGGUCAGUCGCUUUCACCGCAACCGUUAAUCUGGGAGGCCAGCUAGUACGGUGACGCUCAAGCGUGGGUUACCGUACCCCAGAAAGGUUUGCAUAAAAGUAAGGCCUGCUCUGUCACCGUCAGGCCUGCUCGUUUAGAUCCGAAGAAGUCACAGCUCUCACGAGGGAUUGUCAGGCACUCCACUGCUAACGAAUUCUCCAACCAUCGUGCAGUGCCAGCGAAUUGUGAGAGACUAGCCGCACGUACGCUUCGGCCAGCAAACACUUGUCUGGACACAUAGGCGCUUCGACAUCAGCGUGCAGUAUCUGCAGCUGGCGUGGACAAAACCUUGCUGCGCGUCAUCUUGCGCAGUAGACAGCUCACGACUGGUGCCCUGGCCGUCGAUGCGUAACGUGGCACAUGACAUGCGCAUCUGCACUGUCUUAGAAUAGAUUGGAACCAAGUUUUGACAAAGCACUAACUUCGAGGCGUCAAACAGCUGAAAUCACACGUAAGAAAAAAACGGAGCAUUCGAAGCAAAACACCCAGGGGCACGACCUACUCGCGGGGACCCAGCAAGCAGCGCAAGAGCCAUGGCAUCGACAGUGCACGUUGCCGAAUACGUGGUGUUCGGCGUGCUCAUGCUGUCCAACCUUCUGGUCGGCCUGUACUUUUCGUUCGCCCGUCGCUCUCGGGUCGGUGGCACCAGCGAGGCGUUUCUAGGCGAUCGAAGCCUGGGCACGCUGCCCCUGUCACUCUCCGUCCUCGCGUCCCUGGUGACCGCCGUCGGUGUGGUCGGCCUGACGGCGCACUUCUACCGCUACGGGCUGCACCUGCUCUGGGGUUCCGUCACCGUCUUCUGCCUGGUGCCGUUCAUCUCUCGCGUUGUGGUGCCCGUCAUCUACAGGCUCAGGGUCACUUCCGUCUUUGAGUACCUGCGGCUUCGCUUCGGAAACAAGGUCGGAGUGACUGCCUGUGCCUGCUACUUCGUAUUGAACCAAAUGCAAGGAGCAAUCAGCAUAUUCGCAGCUGGUGUCACCGUAUCCAUGUCUUUCCACCUGCCACUUGUAUGGAGCUGCGUGGCCAUCGGUUUUGCCGGCACCAUUUACACUGCGCUGGGUGGUCUCCGUGCCGUGGUGUGGGCGGACGCCGUUCAGGGUGUGCUCAUCCUAGUCUGCCCGCUCACCAUCCUGGUGAAGAUUCUGUACGACUCUAUCUUCGAUGUCACUGCCGACGCUACAGUCGCCAGGCGCCCAUUCGGUGACAUCGACAUCAGGCCCUACUUGUUUCGGACAAACCUGGACUUCACAUCCGAUGAGAACGUGUGGGCAUGCGCGGUGGGCCUGCUGGCCAGCCACAUCUACCGGGUCGCCAUGGAUCAGAUGGUGGUUCAGCGGUACGCGGCCGCCAGGUCUCUGCCUGAAGCACAGAAGACAGUGAUGGCUGGAAGUGUGCUCCUGGUGGUGUCCACCGGCUUCCUGGGAGUGGUGGCCAUGGCUCUGGUCUACUGGUACCGCGACUGCGACCCCAUUCUUUCUGGCACCAUCCACAAGAUCGAACAGUUGAUCCCGCUCUACGUGCACACGAGGCUCUCUGGCAUUCCUGGAUUCUCGGGGCUCUUUCUCACCGGCGUCGUCAGUGCCACGCUCAGUACAGUGACGUCAGCCGUGAAUUCCCUCGCGGCUACCGUCUACGUGGACAUGAUGGUUCCGUACAUGAAGAUUGAGGAACGCUGGGUCAACAUAAUCACCAAAGGACUCGCCUUUGCCUCCGGCCUAUUGAUGACUCUUCUGGCGCUAGCUAUCCCGUAUAUCGGUUCAGCAGUGCGGGUGUUUAUGGUUAUGCAGAGCAGCGCUUCAGGACCAUUCGUCGGCAUCUAUCUGCUGGCGCUGGCAUUUCCAUGGGCCAAUACGAAGGCAAGCACCAGAGAUAUCAUUGCUGGAUAUAUUCGCCACUAUUUAUCUCGAAUUACGCGAACGUGCUAA